UUUCUUGGUUCCAGCUUCCGAAAGCUGGUUGGUUGUCCCGGGUGAUUUGCUUGACUUCACAUGUGCUUUCAGUUAGAGCUGAUUACAAGCUCCUCCUUGAUUUUCAGUGCCAAAGAAUCAGCAGAGCUAAAUUAAGACAUUUUGGAGACCCCUUGCAUCAAGAUGAAUACAGCUACUGAUCUGAACAGUGAAGAAAGCGACCACAUGCAGCCUGUUGACAUGGAACUGACUUGUAAUGUUCCUCCCGUGGACUCUUCAUCCCUGCAGAAUGAAAUGCCAGGUGGUGGCGAGCAGCAGACCAUGAGAGUUUACCUCCGAGUCAGGCCCUUCUCUAAAGAGGAACUUUGGGACAAUGAGGAUGAGGAUUGUGUAGUGAUUGAAAACACACAGACGGUGACACUGAACGCACCAAAGGGUUCUGCCACCAUGAAGAGCAGUGAGAAGGGCAUCGGCAUGUCACUCCACAAAUUCUCCUUCUCUCAGAUUUUUGGACCGGAGACAACACAAUCUGAGCUGUUUGAGGAUACUGUCAAAAGCCAAAUGUAUGAUUUCUUGGAUGGGAAGAAUGCACUGAUAUUCAGCUAUGGUGUAACCAAUGCUGGGAAAACCUACACCAUCCAAGGCACUCCAAAAGAGCCGGGAAUACUUCCUCGAGUGGUGGGCGCCACCUUUCGCCACAUCGGACCUCACCAGUAUGAGGGGAUGGACCUGAAACCCUACCUCAGGAAUGAUGCCCAAUGUCUGGAUCCUGACCAAGUCAAGCAGGAGAGAAAUGCAAAAGCUGCCAUUUUUGCUUCAGUCAAAGAAGAGUGUGAUCCACUCAGAGUCAGUGGUGGUUCAGAGUCUUUGUCAGGUUCCAACGCCGCUCUCUCAUCCUCUUUGUCCUGCGAUCAGACAGUGUUGGCAAGCAACCCAACAGAAGCAGGCAGCAGCCGGUUUGCCUUAUGGGUGGCGUUCUUUGAAAUCUACAACGAGUGCGUCUAUGAUCUGCUUCAACCUUCCCUGUGCUCGAAGUCAAAGAAACGAGCGGCUCUUCGAGUAUGUGACGACGGUGCUGGAAAUGCUUACGUUAAAGACCUCAGGUGGAUUAACAUCCACACUAUGGGCGAAGCCUGCAAACUACUACAGUACGGAAACAAAAACAGAAGUGCUGCAGCCACAAAGAUGAACCAGUCAUCCAGCAGAAGCCACAGCAUAUUUACCAUGAAGUUACUGAAGAUUGAUGGCAGCUCAGUUAAGAGGAUCUCAGAGUUUUCCCUGUGUGACCUGGCUGGCUCAGAACGAUGCAACAAAACCAAGACGUUUGGAGAGAGGCUGAAGGAGGCAGCCAACAUAAACAACUCCCUGCUCAUUCUGGGGAAGUGCAUCACUGCCCUUCGCAACAAUCAGACUGAUCGAAUGAAGAGCAGCUACAUCCCUUUCAGAGAGAGUAAGCUCACCAAGCUCUUCCAGGCUUUUUUCUGUGGCAAAGGAAGAGCAUCAAUGAUUGUCAACAUUAACCAGUGUGCUUCCACCUAUGACGAGACCCUCCAUGUGAUGAAAUUUUCUGCUGUUGCCAAACAGGUGGUGCAGGUGAUCCCAGACAAACGUCUCGAAUCCUUGGCCCCUUGUUUGGUUGGCCGAGAUAGAAAACCUCUGGUGAGGAAUGGGGUGAUUGACAGCCAGGCCCUGGAGAGCUACCUGUCCGAGGAGGAGCUACUUGACGAGGAAGACGAGGCGGACAUGUCUUUGCUGCCACAGAGUGAACUUGUGAAUAUGAUUGAGAGCCUGCGAACAAAACUCCUCGCUGAGCGCAGAAGAAACCUGGUGCAGGAAAUGGAGAUCCGCAAGGAAAUGGGAGACGCAAUGUUACAGCAGCUAAUGGAGAGUGAGGAACUCCGCAGUCGACAGAUAGAGGGGCUGAAGGAGAGCUACCAAGAAAAGCUGGAGAACACUUUUGAGAUGUACAAGGAUGCUAUCAAAGAGCAUGCCUACCAAUGUGCUAUGAACAACCUGGAAGAUGACUAUGUACCUCUUGAUGAGUUCAUUGCCGAACAGGAGAAAGUGGAGGCCCUCAAACGUAAAGUGUCAGAGUUGGAGACACUAACAUCCAGUAGCAGAAGAGGAGAGUGUGCAGCUUCAAUGGAUCAGUCGUGCCAGACUCAACCAUUCAAAGGGACAGAAGCAGCAGCUUCUUACAACGGCAGUAAACUUCACUCGGCUCAUUUCGUCCCCACAGCAGAUGAUCGAUGCAAUCGGCUUUACAAAGAAAAAUGUGCCAUAGAGAGAAUGUGUGAGGAUAAACAGCAGCUGAUUUUGUCCCUGGAGAAAAGGCUGAUGGAUCUUAGUGAAACGCUUCAGAAGGUCAGAGAUGGCUUUCUGGAGAAGUCAUCUGAUCUGGAGGCUCUGCAGAGGAAAGCUGCUGAUCAGGCAAAAUCUAUGGAGGACAUCCUACAGCGGAACAUUGAGAAGGACAGGGAGAUUACCUCACUAAAGACAGAACUUGCCAAGCUCUCUCAAAAGUCUCCUGUGCAGCCUAAAAGCAAGCGAGGGCUGCUUGCCAACAUCAGGGAGGCGGUGACUUCACCGCGGAAGGGUACGACUGCUCGAACGCUCAGGAAAACCGUGAAGACAACUCACCACUGAGAAGCAUCCAGACAAAAGGAGAGAUCUUCCUUUUGGUUUUCUAAAAACUUAGGGCAAAUGUCAGACAGAGUGUGUUUGCUAUUUGGUAUUUUUAAUGUUUUUGUGUGUGUGUGUGUGUGUGUGUGUUUUAAUAAAAAUAAUUACUCAAACUUUUA